GCGGCGGGCGGGGCGGGGUGAAGCGGAGCGGCGGCGGCUGCCAUUCCCCCGCCGCGCGGCCGCCUCCUCCCCCCCCCCCCUCCGCCUCUUCCUGGCCGCAGCGAGAGGAGCUGCGCUGGCAGCGGGGAGGCGGCGGCGGCGGAGCCCGGCUGCCGGCCCGCCAUGGCGAUCCGCAAGAAGAGCAACAAGAACCCGCCGGUGCUGAGCCACGAGUUCGUCGUGCAGAACCACGCCGACAUCGUGUCCUGCAUGGCCAUGAUCUUCCUGCUGGGGCUCAUGUUCGAGAUUACAGCAAAAGCAGCUGUCAUUUUUGUUACACUUCAGUAUAAUGUUACCAUUCCUGCCACAGAAGAACAAUCUUCAGAAACAAUCUCUCUGUAUCACUAUGGCAUCAAAGACUUGGCUACAAUUUUCUUUUACAUGCUUGUAGCAAUAAUCAUACAUGCUAUUAUUCAGGAGUACGUAUUGGAUAAAAUUAACAGGAAAAUGCACUUUUCAAAAACAAAGCAUAGCAAGUUCAAUGAGUCUGGGCAACUUAGUGCAUUCUACCUUUUCUCCUGUGUUUGGGGCACAAGUAUUCUCGUCUCUGAGAACUAUAUAUCAGAUCCAACCUCUCUGUGGAGGGACUACCCGCACACUCUGAUUCCGUUUCAAAUGAAGUUUUUCUACAUCUUACAGUUGGCAUACUGGUUUCAUGCUUUUCCAGAAUUGUACUUCCAGAAAACCAAAAAAGAGGAUAUCUUUCGCCAGAUUGUCUACAUCGGACUUUAUCUCUUUCAUAUUGCUGGAGCCUAUCUUCUAAAUCUGACCCAUCUUGGACUUGUUCUUCUGGUAUUGCAUUACUUCGUUGAAUUUCUUUUCCACAUAUCCCGUCUUUUCUACUUCAGUGAUGAAAGAUAUCAGAAAGGAUUUUCACUGUGGGCAGUUCUUUUUGUUUUGGGAAGACUUCUCACCUUGAUUCUUUCAGUCCUCACUUUUGGCUUCGGACUGGCAAGAGCAGAAGAUCAACAGCUGAAUUUCAGUACUGGAAACUUUAACAUCCUGGCUGUUAGAAUCAGUGUGCUGGCCUCCAUCUGCAUGGCUCAAGCAUUUAUGAUGUGGAAGUUCAUUAAUUUCCAGCUUCGGAGAUGGAGAGAACAUUCUUCUUCUCAGCCUCAAACAGUGAAAAAGAAGUUUGUAACGGCUAAAGGAAAGACCUCCAGAAAAGAAAGAGAAAAUGGAAUAAAUGGAACAGUGACCUCAAAUGGAGCAGACUCGCCUCGCAGCAGGAAGGAUAAAUCCUCGUAAAACUGGGUUUUAUUAAGUUAAUUGACUAAUGUCCCCAAAGAAUCUGCUUUUUACAUGGAUGGCCCUUCAGCACUAGAGAUGUUAUAGAUUAAAGAAAAUACAAAUCAUGUUUUUUGAUUA